AUGUCAAGCAUCAUCAAUAAACUUCGAAGACGUCAUUCACAUGAAUAUGCGCCCUACCAACAUUUGGAGCAACAUUUUGAAUCUGCCGAAAUUGUAAGAGAUACCAUCAUUGGUCUUUCUGAUGGCUUAACUGUGCCAUUUGCCUUGGCUGCUGGCCUUUCCUCGCUUGGUAGCUCAAAGAUUGUCAUUUAUGGUGGUGCUGCUGAACUUGUAAGUGGCGCUAUUUCAAUGGGUUUGGGCGGUUACUUGGCUGCGAGAUCAGAGAUUGAUCAUUACCGCACUGAACGCCAAAGAGAGGAGCGUGAGGUAGAGGAGUGCCCACAAGAUGAGGAAGACGAAAUUGUGGAUAUUUUGGAGCCUUACGGAUUGGACAGAGACACCAUUCAACCUCUGAUUGAGAAGCUCAAGAGCGACCCUCAAAAGUUUGUUGAUUUCAUGAUGAAAUUCGAGUUGAAUUUGGAGAUGCCUGAUCCUCGCCGUAGCUGGAUUUCCGCAUUGACCAUUGGUUUAUCCUACUUUAUUGGUGGUUUGAUCCCAUUGUUACCUUACUGUUUCUUUGACGACUCGAUCUACGCUCUUUAUAUCUCUGUCGCUGUGACAUUCUUGACAUUGCUGGUGUUUGGUUACAUCAAGAGUAGACUAGUGAAUCCAAAUGGUGCUGUUUGGGGUGCUAUUCAAACAUUAUUAAUUGGUGCUAUUGCUGCUGGUGCAAGUUAUGGUAUCGUCUAUUUAUUACCUCAAGAACCAGGUGUCUUGUUCUUCAAUAAAGUUUAA